AUGCAUGAGAUCGUCACCAUUCAACUAGGACAACGUAGUAACUACCUUGGAACUCACUUCUGGAACACCCAAGAAUCAUACUUCACUUAUUCGGAGCACGAGCAAUCUCGCAUUGAUCAUGACGUUCAUUUUCGGCCAGGCAUAGGGAGCGACAACUCCGAAACCUUCACCCCUCGAGCCAUCAUAUACGAUCUCAAGGGUGGCUUUGGUACGCUGCGCAAGUACAAUGCCCUCUAUGGCCUUCAGGAUGAGUCCACACCUAUUCAAGGACUAUGGGAUGGUGCAACGCUGACACAGACCGAACCAACAAUUGAACCCUCAGAGUAUCAAAGAAGGCUUGAAGUUGCCCUUCCUACUUCACAAGUCCAUGCCUCCGAUGUGAGGUAUUGGUCCGAUUUCAAUCGAGUGUUUUUCCAUCCGCGAUCGAUUGUUCAAUUGAAUGAUUACGAAUUAAAUUCCCAACUCAUGCCUUUUGAGAAUUGGUCCACUGGAGAAGAUCUCUUCCAAAGUUUGGAUCAAGAGCUUGACCUUAUCGAUCGCGACAUACGACCAUUUGUCGAAGAAUGCGACCAAAUGCAAGGGUUUCAAAUGCUCACUGGGGUGGAUGACGCAUGGGGAGGAUUCUCCUCGAGAUAUCUCGAAAACCUUCGCGACGAGUAUGGUAAGACCAGUAUCUGGAUCUGGGGAGUUGAGGACCAAUCAAGAGUUGUGAGGCAAAAGCAGAUAUUGCGGGCGUGCAACUCUGCAAGGUCUUUGCGCUCAUUGGGGCAACAGGCAUCAGCAUUGAUUCGUUUAGCAGCCCCUCCAACGAACUUACCAAAUUAUGUCGACCUGGAAAACUCUUCAGACUGGGCAACCACUGCGUUGUUGUCUGCAGGCCUCGAGUCAAUCACUUUACCCACAAGGUUCAAUGCGACGGCUCGAAAAAGAGGAUCCUUAGCUCUCUUCGAGGAUAUCUUGAACACCAAUGGAAAGCAGAAUCUAUUUGAGCUUCAUGCUAGUAUCAACCACCCCAACGACAGCUCCAAUGACCAUGGAAGUGACCAACUAGCGAAUGGAAACGGUGCGGCUUCUGCCGACCCAACCUCAAGUCUACUCGAUAUUGAUUAUUCUCCGAGUCGAAAUUCAGCUGAUUCCUUGGCAACAAAAGGCUACCACAUCUUUGGUCAGGUAGAAAGUGAGCGUGACACGACAGGGUCUAAUACGAGUGCAUUAAUGCACACCCCAGAAGAGCGUCUCCGCAGAGGACUUGACGAUGAGAGUGUGGUUGAAAUUUUUCAAACCGACCUUCAAUACCCAGUACUGGAUACGUUUCCGGAGAGGCUCUUCCAGACCACGAGACAAAGCAAGGGUACUUUGAAUAUUUCAGCCACCCUCGUGUGUACUUCCGGCAUGAAAAGUCGAGUCACCAGCCUUAGGGAUGCAACUUCUCGAUUGGUACCUUUGGAUGAACGCGAAAACCUCUACAACGACCUUACAGAACUUGCUACCAACUAUAGUAUCGGAUGGGAAAGUGGAUCUGACGAUGACGAUGACGAUGAUUGA